AUGUCGCACAAAGUAGCUGUGGUUACUGGUAGUAAUAAGGGCAUUGGUUAUGCCAUAGUAAAAGGGCUUUGUGAAAAAUAUGAUGGUAACGUAUACUUAACUGCCAGAGAUAUCACUAGAGGCCAACAAGCUGUAAAAGAACUGAAAUCACUUGGCUUUAAUCCGCAUUUCCAUCAGCUCGAUAUAGGCGAUCCAGAGAGCGUUGAAACUUUUAAGGACUAUUUAAAGGAAAAAUAUGGAGGGUUGGAUGUUUUAGUUAAUAAUGCUGUUAUAGGUUUUCAGUCAGAUGAUCCAACCCCUUUUGGGAUUCAAUCAAAAGAAAGCAUAAGAGUGAAUUAUUAUGGAACACUCAACGUUUGUGAGCAACUGUUCCCAAUUUUAAGGCAAAAUGCACGAGUUGUGAAUCUUACAAGUUCAUUUGGACACUCGUCCAAAAUCCAGUCACCUGAGCUGAGAAGCAAAUUCACCGAUAAGAAUCUUACUUUACCAGAAUUGAAUGAACUCGUGGACCAAUUUGUAACAGAUUCUAUUGCUGAUGAAGUUGCAACCAAAAAAAAAUGGUCUCCAUUAUGGCCAUCGUACAUUGUAUCAAAGGUAGCUCUUUCCGCCCUUUCUUUCCUACAACAACGCACUUUGGACUGUGAAAUUCCAAACAGAAAUAUUUCUGUUAAUGCCGUCCAUCCAGGCUACAUUGAGACAGAUUUAUCACGUGAAUUGACUAGUAGGAUACCUGGAGCUUUAAGCAUCGAGGAAGGUGCAAAAGCUCCUCUAUUUUUGGCCCUCGAGGCUGACUUUAAAGGGAAAUACGUUUGGGAGGAUUGUAGUUUGAAGGAUUGGGAAGGACCAGAGAUAGAGUUGUUUUAUUACGUAGGCAAGACAGAAUAA